CAGCGUCAGUGGCGCCGUUGCCAGGCUUCUGUUGCUAGGCACGCGUUGCGUGCCCUGCGUGCGGUGCGCGUCGGCAGAAGCGGGAAGUGCGAGUUGCGGCGUCAUGGCGCGAGUAUGGCAGCAGCCGUUCCUCAACGUCUUCAGACACUUCAAGGUGGACGAGUGGAAGCGCUCCACUAAGGAGGGCGACGUGGCUGCCGUGACGGACAAGACCCUCAAGUGCACCGUGUACCGCGUGCGGGGCUCUGUCUCUGCGAGCAACUACAUCCAGCUCCCCAAAACCAGCACCCAGUCCCUGGGGCUGAACGGACGGUACCUGUACGUGCUCUUUCGGCCACUGCCUGCCAAGCAUUUUGUCAUUCACCUGGAUGUGUCCACUGAGGACAGCCAGGUCAUCCGAGUGUCCUUUUCCAACUUCUUCAAGGAGUUCAAGUCCACAGCUACGUGGCUUCAGUUCCCUUUCAUUUGUGAGGCUGGGACAACCAGGGAAGGUGUGGCCUUCCCUGGUGCCCGCUGGACCUGCCUGCAGCUUGACCUGCACGACAUCCUGCUGGUCUACCUGCAUCGAUGCUACAGUCACCUGAAGGGCGUCAGGCUGUGUGCCAGCAUGCUGGUCCGGAGCCUCUACACCAGUGACCUGAGCUUCGACCCUGCCAUCACUGUUGCUGAAGCCCGGCGUGCAAAACUGCCUGUCACCCCCAUACCUCGAGAAAUGGCUUUCCCGGUGCCAAAGGGGGAGAGCUGGCACGACCGCUACGUCCACAUCCGGUUUCCGAGCGGCAGCUCGCACGUGCCCUCCGAGCUGGUGCAGAAGAGCGGUUUCCCUCCUGAGGCAGCGGGGCACGUGCCGCGGCUGCUCCCUUCCCCAGCAGCCUGCAGCAAACCUGCGCGGGACCCCAGGGCCCUUGUGGUCCAGAAGCAUGACCCCACAGCCUCCCGCUGGGCCCCCGCCAUGCCCAGGCCCCUUCCGGAGGUCCGCGUGUCCUGUGAGCGCUCAGAGGUCUCCAGCGUGGCUGGCCCUGGUGGCUGUAGCCAGGAGCCCUCGGCCUGGGUGGAGACUACUGAGGAGCAUGCAGCCAGUGACGGCCUUCACGUGUUUGCCCAUCAGGCGAUGGAGCCCACGGCCCCAGAAGAUGCAGCUCCACACGAGCCUCCUGGCAGGAAGCAGAACUUACCGGAGGCAGCUUUGGGCAAGAAGUGUUUUCAAGAAAGAAGCUUCCUCCCAGAUCCGAUCCUGAGGCUCAAGGGGGUCAUCGGCUUUGGGGGUCAUAGCACCAAAUGGGCCCUGUGGACCCCGGAUGGGGCUGCUGUCGUGUACCCUUGCCACGCGGUCAUCGUCGUCCUGCACAUUGAAACCCGGGAGCAGCGUCUCUUCCUUGGCCACACAGAGAAGGUCUCUGCUCUGGCGCUGGACGGGAGUGGCUCGCUGCUGGCCUCGGCCCAGGCCUGGCCCCACAGCAUGCUGCGUCUCUGGGACUUCCAGACGGGGAGCUGCCUGGCCCUGUUCCGGAGCCCGGUCCACACCCUCUGCUCCCUCAGCUUCUCCAGCAGUGGGGAGCUGCUCUGCGGCGUUGGCAAGGACCGCCAUGGGCGGACGACGGUGCUGGUGUGGGAUGUGGCCCAGCUGGGGAGAGGCAGAGAGGCCAUCAUCCUUGCGAAGGCACACAGUGACGCUGAUGUCCAGGCGUUCCAGGUGGCCUUCUUUGACGAAGCCAGGAUGGCGUCGUGCGGGCGGGGCAGUGUGCGGCUGUGGCGGCUCCGAGGUGGGGCGCUGCGCUCCUGCGCUGUGGACCUGGGGGAGCAUCACGCGCUGGAGUUCACCGACCUGGCCUUCGGGCCAGCCCAGGAUGGCCACACUCUCUACGUGUGCAGCCGCAGUGGCCACAUCCUGGAGAUCGACCACCAGCGCAUGGCCGUGCGGCAUGCUCGCCGUCUCCUGCCCUUGCAGAACCCCCGUGACCCCCUUGCACAGAAGCAGACCUUCAGUUUGGGCCCCGGCAUCGCCAUCAGCAGCCUCAGCGUCUCCCGGUCCGUGUGCGCCGUGGGCUCCGAGGAUGGCUACCUGCGCCUCUGGCCGCUGGACUUCUCCUCCGUCCUCCUGGAGGCAGAGCACGAGGGCCCCAUCACCUCCGUCCGCGUCAGCCCCGGCGGCCUGCGUGUGCUGUCCACCACCUCCUCGGGCCACCUGGGCUUCCUGGACGUCCCGUCGCAGGCGUACAGCGUGCUGGUGCGCUCCCACACCGCCCCGGUGCUGGCCCUUGCCACCGAGCGCAGCCGGGGACAGCUGGCCACCGUGUCCCAGGACCACACUGUGCGCGUCUGGGACCUGGUGACCCUGCAGCAGCUGUAUGACUUCGCGUCGCCCGAGGAGGCCCCGCGUGCUGUUGCCUUCCACCCCAUGCAGCCGACCUUCUUCUGUGGCUUCAGCAGCGGGGCCGUCCGCUCCUUUAGCCUGGAGGCUGCUGAGGUCCUGGUGGAACACAGGUGUCACCGAGGAGCCAUCACCGGCCUGGCCACCAGCCCCGACGGUCGCUUCCUGUUCAGCACCUGCUCCCGGGGCACCCUGGCCCAGUACCACAGCGGCGCGUCCCGGUGCCGCGUCCUGCGAGUGGCAGCUAACGUGGUGUGCCAGGAGGCCUGCCCCAGCUCCAGCGUCCUGGUGGUCAGUGGGGACAGCCGCCUACUGGCCUUCGUGGGUCCCUCCAAGUACACGGUGAGCGUUGUGGACGCAGCCUCGCUGGAUGAGCUUCUGAGGGUUGACGUCAGUGCCCUGGACCUGGCUGGCAGCUGCCUGGACUCGGCUGUGGCCCUCUGCUUUGGUUCCUCACCCCCUGGCCACCUGCUGGUGUCCACGUCCUCAAACACGAUCGCCGUGCUGGACGCCAGGUCGGGCCGCGUGGUCCGGGAGCUGUCCUGUGGCCGCCCUGCGGCGUGCGCCUCCCUGGCCCUCAGCGCGGACGGGCGCUUUCUGCUCACAGCCGCCGAGCGGGCUGUCAGGCUGUGGGACUACGCGGUGCAGGCCAGCCCCAGCUGCCAGGUCUGCGCGACACCACCGCCCCAGGUGUACAUUGGUCACUCGGAGCCGGUGCGGGCUGUGGCCUUCACCCCCGACCAGCAGCAGCUCCUCAGCGUGGGAGACGCCAUCUUCCUCUGGGACAUUCUGGUUCCCCGUGAGGGGUGCCCCCCAGAAAGUGUCCAGGGUGCUCCCGGGGCCCCCCUGACCUGCAAAGCGGACCCGGAUGCAGAACAGCUGGAGGGCGUGGCAUCCGGGGCCAGAGGGCCCCACCAGCAGGUGUCCGUGUCACCCCCGGCGCUCCCGCCCCGGCCAGGUGUCUGUGCUGGGCCCCCUGAGGGCUUUGAUGGCGCCCUCUUCCUGUCAGACGAGAGCCGUGGCCCCGAGGAUCCCCGUCAGGCCUCAGGCCCGUCCGUGAUGGUCCAGAAGGAGGCUGGCCGGGCUGGCGAAGGGGCCUGCGGGGUGACAGGAAGCCCCCGGGACUUGGGCAGGCGCCCCCACCCCUGUGGCUGGCCCAGCGCCUGCAACACAGGGGGAGCCAGGGCCUGGCCCCCCGCUCACCCGAACUCCUACCGGCACUUCACUGCACGCUACAAGGCCUCCUCGCCGGCCCAGGUGGGUGGGGUGGGGGUCCUUCUGGUCCCGGCCACUGGUGGAUGCUGUGGAGGCCAGGCUCAGGCAGCGCAGCCUGUGGUGUCGGAGGGCUGCCCCCCAACCCCGGCCCCGUCGUCAGCAGUGGCUCCUGGUGUGUCCCUGGGGCAGCUCUCUGGGCCGGAGGCUGCUGGUCACCCUCCACCUUGCGCCCAGCCCGUGCCAGUGGGACUGGGAGUGUCCGGUGCGCCAGCCCACCGUGCCGGCUCCCUCCUGCCUCCCCACACCUCGGCCUUCUCUAGGCUCCUCCCUGCCCCCCAGGCCCUCCCCAGGAGCCCCUGCCUGGCCUCCCUUCUCUCCCACGCUCCUGCCCUCUGCCGCCUCCGCCCGGAGCCACACCUGCGGGCUCCAUCCAGGCCUGGCCUGAGGGCAGAGUCUGAGGUGGGCACCCGCGUCCUGGCCGCUUCCCCGCAGGGCCUCUCCCUGCCCCCUGCCGGCGACGAGCAGCUGCGCCUGAAGGCCGUCGUGGGCUAUAACGGGAAUGGGCGUGCCAACCUCGUCUGGAGGCCGGACACCGGCUUCUUCGCCUACACAUGUGGCUGCCUGGUGGUGGUGGAGGACCUGCACUCGGGCGCCCAGCAGCACUGGCUCGGCCACCCCGAGGAGAUCUCCACGCUGGCCCUCAGCCACGACGCCCAGGUCCUGGCCUCGGCCUCUGGCCGAAGCAGCGCUGCCUCCUGCUGCCAGAUCCGUCUCUGGGACGUGCCCCGGGGCUCCUGCCGGCAGCUCCUCGGUCACCACGACACUGCGGUCCAGGCUCUGGCUUUCUCACCAGACGACAGGCUCCUGGUCACACUGGGGGGCUAUGGCGACGACACCCUGGCCCUGUGGAACAUGGCCACCUGUGAGCUCGUGUCCUCCACGCACCUCCCAGAGCCGGUGCAUGGUGUGGCCUUCAACCCCUGGGACGCCGGCAAGCUGACCUGCGUGGGCCGGGGUGUCCUCACCCUGCAGCUCCUGUGGGGGCGGGCGGGUGACGUCAGUCUCCAGGCCCACCGGGAGCCUGUCCCCGAGGAGGCGGGGGGCUGGGAGCUGAGCUCACUCUGCUACGGGGCCACACCCCUGCUCUACUGUGGCUCCAGUGAGGGCCAGGUGUGCGUGUGGGACACACGUGCUGGCCGCUGCUUCCUUGCCUGGGAGGCAGAUGACGGCGAGAUCGGAGUGCUGCUGUGCUCAGGCACCUGGCUGGUCAGCGGCAGCAACACGCGGCGGCUGCGCCUGUGGGCCGUGGGGGCCGUGCCAGAGCUGCGGCGCCGGGGCUCGGGGGCCAGGUCCAGCUCCGUGUUCCUGGAGCGAGAACUGACCCUCGACGGGGCUGUCGUGAGCGCGGUCUUCCACGACAGCAUGGACAUGGGCGUGGUGGGCACCACGGCGGGCACGCUCUGGUACAUCAGCUGGGCCGAGGGCACCAGCACUCGCCUCAUCAGUGGCCACCGGGGCAAGGUAAACGAGGUGGCCUUCAGCCCCGACGAGUCCCACUGUGCCACGUGCAGUGAUGACGGGAGCGUGAGGGUGUGGUGCGUGGCUAGCACGGAGCUGUUGAUCCAGUUCCAGGUGCUCAACCAGAGCUGCCUCUGCCUGGCUUGGAGCCCCUUAUCGUGCAGACGCCCGGAAGAGCAGUACGUGGCAGCAGGCUACAGCGAUGGGGCGCUGCGGAUCUUCAGCAUCCCGCGCACGGCCGUGGAGCUCAAGAUGUAUGCGCACUCGGCUGCGCUCACAGCCCUCGCCUUCUCUGCUGAUGGUCAGACCAUCGUCUCUGGAGACAAGGACGGGCUCGUGGCCGUGAGCCACCCCUGCACGGGGAUGACUUUCCGGGUGCUGAGUGACCAUCGCGGCGCCCCCAUUUGCACCCUCCAGAGCACAAGGAAGGAGGUGACAUGGUCCUUCCUGGGUGGGGCUGGCCCAGGCCAGGGUGCUGGCGGGACAGCGAGGGAGAACAGGGCAGGCGACACCCACCAGCCCUUGUCCUCCCAGUGUGGAGACUUCGGGGCAGAGGGCACGGACCUGUGGCUGGCUGCCAGCGGGGACCAGCGAGUCAGCGUCUGGGCCUCCGACUGGCUGCGCGACCACUGUGAGCUUGUGGAUUGGCUGAGCUUCCCAGCGCCCGGCCUCACAGGGGUAAGCGUCCUGGCGGCCCCGUGGGCGCGGUGCCCCGGCCGCCCACCCUGCACUGUGCCCCCACAGGCCCCCGGCUGCUUGCCACCCUCGCUCGCUGCCUUCUGCCCCUGGAACCCGGCGCUGCUGGUGUGCGCAGGCCUUGGCGUGCACCCCGAGGUGGUCUUCUAUAGCCUCCGCCAGAAGCAGGUGGUGGAGAAGAUCCCACUGCCUUUCUUUGCUGUGUCCAUGAGUCUGUCCCCUGGGGCCCACCUCGUGGCCAUUGGCUUCUCUGAGCGCAUGGUGCGGCUGCUGGACUGCGCAUCGGGGGCUGUGCAGGACUUCGCGGGCCAUGACGACUCCGUGCAGCUGUGCAGGUUUGCCCCGUCAGCCCAACUGCUCUUCACGGCGGCCUACAGCGAGAUCUUGGUGUGGGAAGUGACAGGCCGCUGAGCCCUACCGCUUAGCUGGGCCCUUGGCCUGGGCAGAGGCUUCACUGAGAAGCUGGGUCGGCCCCGGGCCUUGUGCUGGUUCCGUCGGCCCAGUGGGCUCUCCGCUCUCUGCACCGGCGCCUCAGGAGCGUGUGUGAAGCAUCAGGAACCUGAACAUGUGUGAAGUACUCGGAGCCCCUCUCCCUUGGGGUUUUGUUUCUGCCUUGUACAGAAUAAUAAAUGUGCGUGUAGCGGUGAA